AUGGCUCAGCCCGCGCCGGGCGCGAUGCUGUGGUCGCCGCCGCCGCCGUGGAGGCGGCGUCGGCGGCGGCGCGGCGACCGCGGCGGCGACGACGGCGGCGACGAGGCGACCGCGGACGACGACGACGACGGAAACCAUCAUCGUCGUCACCUCCGGCGGUGGACGACGCGCCGCCGCGUCGGUCCUCCGCGUCGUCCGUGCGUCGCGAGCGCGACGCUGACGGGCGCGACGCCGGCGCCGGCGUCGACGCCGGCGUCCUCCUCCUCCACGUCGGCAUCGUCCGCGCCCUUCAAGCUCCUGCCGCUGUGGGAGUCGCGCCCGGGGGCGGAUCCGCAGCAGUACGCGCUCGACCGCGGCGUCGUUCGGCUCCUCCUCCCCGAGGAAGCGGACGCGCUUCGGUCCGCGGGGCCCGGCGAGAGGGGCGGAGACCGCGAGGGAGGAGAUGCGGGAGACGCGAGGAGCGCGAUGCGCGUCCAGUGGCGCCGCGCGGAGCGGACGCGGCGCCGCGUCGUGGACGCGUUCCUGCCGUGCGCGAACGCGGUGACGCCCGAUUACUGGGCGUACGCGAAAUUUCGCUUCGCGCAACGCGUGGCGUCGUCGUGCAUCACCGUCUUCGCGACGCAGCAGAUGCUCCAGGCCGUGGGGCUGGGCGCGACGCGGCGCCUCCCCGCCGCGGCGGCCGUGAACUGGGUCCUGAAAGACGGCCUCGGGCGCCUCGGGAAGCUGUCCGUGGCGACCAACUUUGGGCGAGAGUUUGGUGCGUUCUAUACACUGGUCCCCAUACGACCGCGUUGGCGUGGUGAACGCCGAUCCUUAAGGACUUUUCCCGGCGGUUCUCUCGCCCACCACACGGUUUCAAUCCCCGCCCUCGGCGCCUUUCAACUCCAUCUGACGCCUUUCGACUCCACCCCGACAUUCGCUUGUAUGAAACGACCCUCAGACUCGGACGUCAAGCGAUUUCGAUUCACGUCCUCGGUGGUGUACGACUGCGCGUCGCUCAUCGAGAUGAUCACGCCGUUUUACCCGUCGAAGUUUUUGUUGCUCGCCACCAUCGCGAACGUGGGGAAGAGCGUCGGGAUAACGACCGCGAACGUGGUCAGAGCGCCGAUUCAGAUGUCGUUCGCGUUGGAGGAAAACCUCGCGGAGAUCGCCGCGAAAACCUCCGCGCAGCAGGUGCUCGCGGAUAACAUCGGCCUCGCGCUCGCCGUCGUCGCCACCGGCUGGACCGGCAAAAUCGCGAACCCGCGGCUUCGACUCGCGGUCCCGCUGCUCGCGUUCGCGCCGCUCGCGUCCGUGGACUUGUACUGCAUCUACCGCGAGCUCAAGUCCGUGCGGCUGCGGACGAUAAACAAAGAGAGAGGCGAGAUCAUCGCCGCGGGGUUCGUGGAGACGGGAACGAUUCCGAGCGCGGUGAGCGUCGCCGCGGCGGAGCGUCUCUUCAUUCCCGCGCGCAUGGACGAGAGUUCGCUGCCUCUGAAGAUCACGCACCUCGCGGAGGCGUGCCCGACGCCCGAGGCGCUGCGCACCGCGCUCGGGGACGACCCGAGCCGGCCGUACUGCCUGACGUACUUGCCGCCGCGAGGGAAGAAGGGCGUGGGGAGCGUCCUGGGCGGCGCGUUGAGGCGCGUUCUAUUUAUUUCACACCGGACGACUCUCGACGCGUUGGGGGGCUGGGAGAAGAAAAAGCGCGGCGGCGGGCUGAAAGGCAGCGCGUUCAUCGCGCUGUCCGCGCGCGCGAGCAGCAGGGACGUCAUGCAGGCGGUGCUUCAGGUGGCGCAUCUGCGGUGUCUGCCGUUCCGAGUGGACCUGAGCGCGAGCGAGGGAAGGGAGUGGGCGACGAGGGAGAGCGCGACGCGGGCGGCUCGAGACGUCGACGAGUUCAUGAGGCAGCUCGAGGAGAACGAUUGGCAGACCGGGAAGGUGUUGCUGUCGUCCGCGGAGAGGGCGCCGUACGCGAUCGAGGGAGGGGCGGACGCGCUCACGAGGGCGCUGGCGGGGACGGAGGGGACGGAGGGGGCGAGGGGCGGCGAAUCGCGAUAG